CACCGUUGCGUUGGCAGUACCGCAAGUGCUAAUGCCCGGCCGGUCACGAGUCCGCCAGACAUUCCGCUUUUAAAUACAUGUGUUAUCAGAACUAAGUGAAGGAUUAUUUAGUGCAACGGAAUAAAACAAACAAUGAUAUCGGCGGUCAAUGCCUUCCUAGAUGACAUGCGGGGCGGCAGAAUGACAGAGACACCGGUAGUUCGGGUGGAGCAUGGCCAGCUGCAGGGGCGAGUAGCCGAGAGCCCCAGCGGGAAGGCCUUCUACAGCUUCCAGGGGAUCCCUUACGCCAAACCACCGCUGGGGACCCUUAGAUUCCAGGCACCUCAACCCCUGGAGCCAUGGGAUGGCGUCCGUGACGCCACUUCAGAAGGCAAUAUCAGCGCGCAAAUAAAGAUGGAGACUGACACGUUUGUAGGCGACGAGAAUUGUCUCUAUCUCAACGUGUACACCCCCAGCAUAGACGGAGAAUUCCUCCCAGUCAUGGUCUACAUCCACGGCGGAGGUCUACAGUUCGGCUCAGGCAGUGCCAGCGUCAGAGGAGCUGACUACCUUGUCGAGAAAGAUGUAGUAGUUGUCACUAUUAACUACAGAUGCGGAGCGCUCGGUUUCCUAAGCUUAAACACCCCUGAGAUCCCUGGUAACGCAGGUCUCAAAGACAUGAUAGCAGCUUUACGAUGGGUUAAAGAGAAUAUCAAUAAUUUCGGCGGUAAUUCCGGUAACAUAACGCUUUUCGGUGAAAGCGCGGGCGGUGCCGCCGUGUCUGUGCUCACGGCUAGUCCUUUGAGCAAAGAUUUGAUCAGCAAAGCUAUUAUUCAGUCUGGUUGUGGACUCUCCAGCUGGGCAUGGCAGAAACAGCCGUUGGAAAACGCCAAAAAGCUAGCGCAUUUACUAGGCUGCGAGUCAGAUGAGGCUGAUGAUAUCCUCGAAUUCUUACGAGCGACUCCUGCGAAGGAGAUCGUGGAAGCUACUGGAAAACUUUUUCCUUUGCAAACGUUUUUCGAGACAGCAAUAAUAGGUUUCACUUUUGUUGUGGAGAAAGAGUUUCCUGGCGUGGAAGCCGCUAUUACAGAGUCUUUCACUGAUCUAUUGACUUCUGGUCGCGUCGCUGAAGUCCCUAUCAUGAUCGGUUCAACAACGCUUGAAUUUCUGCGUAAAGUUGACACAGAUGACUUGCAAGUGUUCAUUCCUCAAGAAUUAAACGUGCAGAGAAAUUCCGAGGAAUCCUUGGAGAUCGCCAACAAAUUUAAAAGCUUAUAUUUCAAAGGGAAUCAUACGGCUGUUGAAAAUUUGAAUGGUUAUUUUGAGCUGAUUUCCGAUAGGCUUAUCAACGUCGAUACGCACAGAUAUGUCCAGUAUUUGGUACAUGCGACAACAAAGCCUGUUUAUUACUAUAAAUUCGACUAUGUAGGCGAAUUAAAUUUGACGAAGAAGCUAAUGGAUACCUUAAAUGUCCAUCAUGCUGGACACGCGGAUGAAUUGGGGUAUCUCUUCAAGAUGGACUCGCAGGGUGAAGUGGAACCAACGGCACAGGAUGUUAAGAUGAGGGAGAGGAUGCUGCGGCUUUGGACCAACUUCGCUAAGUCCGGCAACCCAACUCCAGACGAGAACCACUACAUCACGGUAACCUGGCAACCGGUCACCAAGGACAACCUCUACUACCUGAAUCUGAGCAACGAACUAUCCCUCAACACGAGUCCGGAUAAACACAAGAUGGCGCUUUGGGAGGACUUAUAUAACAGGCAUUUCAAGAUCUGGGAGCAUCCUCAAGUCAAUAAUGAGGAGACACCUGUUAAGACGCUUAAAGAGCCUGUCAUUGUAGCAGAGCCAAUCGAACCGGUACCAGUCAUAACCAGUCCUGAACCUGUCAUAACCAGUUCAGAACCUGAAACCAGCCCAGAACCACUCAUCGAAGAGCCGGUAUCCAGUCCCUUAGAACCCGUAGCUCACAUCGAAGAGCCGGUAACCAGUACCUUAGAAACUGUAGCUCACAUCGAAGAGCAGGUAACCAGUCCGUUAGAACCACUAGUAGAAACUCCUCACAAUGGUGUGAACGGGACAAACGGUGAUGUAGAAAGGAAACCGCGGCCGUCCAAUGAAAUCAAAAUGGUCCAAAAUGGAAACGGGGUACCUAAGGAUGUGAUCCGUGCCAACGAUCCGCCGGAAGACGAUUUGCCUAAAAAUAUUGGGGUGAAUAAGUUUGUGAAUUUCUUUGAAUCCCUCGGCGGGAAGAAGUGAUGUAUUUGAAUUUUGGAUUUGCGUUAUUUUUUAGUUGUACAGAUGUAGCUUAUUCAUAAAACUUUACUGGCCGGAUUUAGUUAAAUUGUGACGUUAUCUAUGAAAAGGGACCUUAUUGUCGAUGGCGCUUACGCCAUUAUAAAGGUGUGUCUACGCUAGGCGAGCCGAGCACAAGCCGAACACAAUUCGUCUAAUGUGGACCAAAGAAUUAUAUGACAAAGAACAACUCUCAAUCUUCAAAAGUGUGACCAAAAAUGAAAUGCAAGUGUGUGCGUAAAUUGUCUAUGUGAGAUCAAAAAUAGUGAUGUCAUGUUACAACAUUAAUAAUCUGUCGAUGUUUGAUUGCUUUAUCGACUACUUUUUCAAAUGUGUUAUUUUAAACACUAACUGUGUUGGAAAGUGAAGUUAUCAUGACACGCUAAACAUGAACACCUUCAAAAAAGUAUAACAAUCGUUAUUAUUUGAAGUCGGUUAUAAAAGAUAAUAAUAAUGAUGUCUUGUGAAGAAAUAAUUACAUAGCUAUUAAUAUACCGACAAGUUAUCGAUACUGUCAUAUGAACAUUUUGUCAAGCCCUAGCGUAAACUAACAGUUUAUGUUUUUACACAAAAUAUUCUAAAUUAUUGACUAAUAUAAUAAAAUAUUAGCACGGAACGGAAGAAAAACUUAUAAUGAACUGUAUAAACUGGCUUCUUACACUUUUUACGCUGUUAAUUUGACAAAAUAUCGCUAUGAAAAUUUCGCUCGGAAUAUCAUAAAUCCUCUGAAAUGAGUAUUUGCUUGGAUUAUUUGGCCCUGUGACACUGCAAUCCGGCACACUACAAGACACCAUCUUUACUGAAUUACUUUAUUUAAUACUUUUCGUCCUAAUCCGUGUAUAUUUUUCAAUUUGAAAAUUACCGUGAUACGCUCUUGGCCGUCCGCGGCCGUCGUCAAACUCAAAAGUGGUUACGUUUUCUCAUUGGUAGUCUGACUCUUUCGCACUUAUGGGAUGUUCAUAUACGUGAUGGCUUCCCUUUCGCACACUUAAGCUGUCUGUCAAGCGCAAGCGAAUCCUAGGUCUAUGAUGUGGACCGACUUACAAGCCACGAACGAGCCCGCUGCGAGCGUUUGGUUCGUGCUCGGCUGCGUUCCGCCAGUUGUCGGUUUUUUGAUGAACACAAAGGGAUUUGCUACGCGCUCACAUUGCGCUCAUGGACGUGUUCGUUGUACGUCCACACUUGACGCCGAGAACGGCUCCGCUCGUGCUUCGCUCGUGCUCGGUUCGUCUAGCGUUGACCCACCUUUAUAGAUGCUCCGGUAUAAAUACAAUGCCGCGCGACGCUGUGCUUUGUAAGCGUCAUCGACAAUAAGGUCCCUUUUCACAGAUAAUGCCCCAAUUAUGUUUUAUGUGCCUUUCUUACAAAUACCUAAGUCAAAAUGACAAGGACAAACGAUUAUUAACUAAUUUAGGUUUGUAGCGCGUUUAUGAAUAAGGGGGUUAGUGCAUAAUUGUUUUCCAUCGUAUUUCCUCGGAAACGUUCGUUUUGUCAUGCUACUUCAGUCAACGUCAGUACUUUUUGUGCCGAGACUGACUGAAAUAGCAAGACACGUUCGUACGUUUCCGUGAAAAUACGAUGGAAAAUAAUUAUGCACUAUACUGCAAAACGUAAUUCAAGACCAAAAAAAGUAAACAAUGUUGCCACUUAUUACUACCGCGUCUUGUAUUUAUGUAAAAAUAAAUAAAUAAAAAUACUUUUUUUAAAUAGUAGGAGUAAAAUUACGAAUAAAUAAUUGAUCUUAGCGUGAUUAUUUAACAAAAGGAAUUUACUAUUUUACAAACAAAUUAUUGCAAUGGCAACAUUGUCUUACUUUUUUUGGUCUUGAAUUACGUUUUGCAGUUUACAUCUGUAGACAGCACCAUACUAUUAGUAUUUUUAUUAUAGGUUGUGUAUUUAUUGGCUCGGAUAAUUUGAUAUUUGUAUAAGAUUGUUUGAGACAAUCGGUAAAACUUUGGUCGGAUAUAAUUCAGAUAAUUUUAAUUAAUAAACAUUCCACUAAUUUAUUUAUUCUAUUAAAUCAUACAAAUUGUACAGUCAGCGGCAAAAAACGUAUUUUUGUGUACAGUCACCUACAAUAAUAUGUUACUCUUCGAAGGACGCAAAAAUAUGUGACACGCUCUUAUGGCUCUACAAGUCUACAUAUAAGACCGUGUCAGAUAUUUUUGCGGCCUUCGUUGUGUGUAGUGUUUCUACUUAAAAUAAAAACAAAUUAAAAUAUUGUCAGAAAAUAAUUUAUUUUUGUUCUAAUACUUCUAAUAGUAUUCUGAAACAUUUUCAUAUAAAACUAGUCUAUUAGUUAUGUGUUUGUCAUUAGGCAUUAUUUAUUUAUAAGAAAAACAUGCCAUUUAAAAUUUGAAUUAUUGUAAUAAUAUUUUUGACCAUUCAAAGUAUUUAGAAAAGAGAAUUUGGAAUAGAGGCGUAAUGUAUGGUGUCGCCAUCUACACAAGUAUUGGCGAAAGGUUUGGCGCCAUCUAUUCGAGCGAUGACGCAAUACCUUUGGCCUAUUAUCUUGUAGAUGGCGACACCGUUUGAUAUUUAACAAAAACACAUAUUAGUGAAAGAAUAAGGAUCAAAGUCAAAUGACGUUCUAAAAGUUUUAAUCCUGUGUCGAAAGAUGGCAGUAAAUUAACUGUGACUACAAAAUUUACUUUUACAACCGCCUCUAUACUAAAUUUUCUUUAUUUCUAAAUAUUUACAUUCGUUAUUUAUAAUGGUAUUUAAGUAAAAUAACUUUUUAUCAGUCUGCUUAUAUAAUUUUUGAAGGCAUAUUCUUCUUAAUAAACAUUCCAAAUUAUAUUAUUUAUAUGUAUGUUGUACAUGUGCUAAUAAUUGUAUUGACUUUAUAAAUAGUUAUACAUUAGUUUGCGAAGAAUGUGUAUUUUUAUAUAUAUCUACCAUUAAUUAGUAAAUAAAUUAUGAAAGUA